AUGUCCCCGACGGAACCAGGAGUAUUCAGACAGCAACCAGGCCGUUUCGGAAAGAUGUUAACCAGAAAUCAGUGGGAGCUCCAUCGAGCAGAUGAGUGGAGAAAGUUCAAGCCAAAUGCUAUUCCAACUUUAUUUAAUGUUCCGAAUCCACCAAAAAAGCUUAUAUCAACAAGGCGGUCAACUUACAAGGACCCAUUUAUUAGUGAGAUAGCUGGAGGUGCUACAAUCACAGAAAAUGAAACUGCUAAUCUUGGUGUAGGGAAUGGCACAGCAUUAUCUCAUGAGGCAUUUCCUGCUGGGGAGGAGGAGCAAAUAAAGCAACUCAAGAAUGAAGUUGCAUCACUGAAGGAGGAACUUCAGAAGAAGGAUUCAAUGAUGAAAUCGUUUUUGAAUAAGGAGCAAAUUGCUGCAUUGCAACAAACACCCAACAAGUGGAGUGCUGAGUCUAUCCUUCUAGGCUUGAAGCUUCGAUUCAGCCUGGGUGUCAAUGGCUACAAUUUCCCAAGGGAAACGAAAUAUCCUCUGCCUUCCAUUGCCACUCUAAAUCGACACUCAAUUGAUUCCGAUAAGAAUCGGAAACGUAAGGCUGAAAUGUUUGGAACUUCAUCCAAAAAAAGAAAAAAACUGAGUUAGGAUAUGA